AUGGACUACCAUCCUCUGACAAAGUGUGAUUCCUUCCUAUCUCUUGAGCCCCCUCAAAGGCAUGUGUUCAUCAAGCAACAUCGUUUGUGCUUUAAUUGCUUCGCGCGAUCCCAUGGUGUUGGAAGAUGCCCCUCCAAGAUUAAUUGUCGUGUAUGUGGCAAGCGCCACCAUACUUUAGUGCAUUUUGGAAAUGCUACUACCCCCUCCCCGUUGAAUGAAGCUCCCCCUGCUUCCGGCAACCAGGAAGGUACUAUCCCUAGUCCGGUGACCAUGAUGACCAAUCUCUCUUCUCAAAAGGUCGUGCUCUUUGCCACUUGCUUGGUGUCCGUUUCGGAUAAAUCUGGCAGACUUGUUACUUGUCGUGCACUGUUGGAUUCAGCUAGUCAAGCCAGUUUUGUGACAGAUUCCUUUGCGAAGAAAUUGGAGCUUCCAAGGUCUCUCUCUCCGACACCAAUUCAAGCCCUCAACCAAAUGUCGACGUCUGCGUUAGGGAAGGUUGCCCUGAGCGUGACCCCCUCCCAAAGAAAAUCCCCUGCUCUCCAUAUAGAGGCUUUAGUUAUUCCAUCUAUUUGUGAUAAGGUACCCUACCAGGUGAUUGAUAAGCAGAAUCUAAAACAUCUCAGGUCCCUACCCUUGGCUGAUCCCCACUUCUGUGAACCCAACGAAAUAGACGUGCUUUUAGGGGCAGAGGUUUACGGAGAUAUUUGUUUGCUUGGAUUUAGAAAAGGACAGAACGGUGGCCCAUGCGCUUUUCGGACCAUCUUCGGAUGGGUUGUCCUAGGAAAAGUGAAUUCUUUAGAACCAUCUUCUCCCAUUAGUUUUUAUAUUACUGUGAGUACUGCUGUUGAUGUUUCUUUGAAGAGAUUUUGGGAACUUGAGUCCGUCCCUUCAAAGACCUUUAUGUCUCCUGAAGACAAAUUGUGUGAGGAGAUCUUUCUCUCUACCCAUUCCCGUGCCCCUUCAGGUAGAUACGUCGUAUCCUUACCCUUUAAGGAUAAACACCCUUCACUUGGUGAAUCUUACCCUCAAGCCCUUAGGCGAUUCCAGUUGUUAGAGGCGCAUUUGGCCAAGAACCCAACUUUGCGAUUAGCCUACAACGAGUUCUUGAGAGAUUAUUGGGAACAAGGUCACAUGGCACUCGUUAGCGACCUGCCGCCCUCUUCCCAAGGUUACUACAUUCCUCAUCACGCCGUCUGGAAGUCACAUAGCGAACCCCUUAAAUUGCGUGUUGUGUUUGAUGCUUCAGCUAAAACUUCCAACGACCGGUCUCUGAACGAUCUUCUAUUUACGGGUCCCAAGCUCCAACCCGACUUUGGAGCCAUUUUGCUCAUCUUUCGACUGUACUGUGUGGUUUUCACCACCGAUAUUCGUCAGAUGUAUCGUCAAAUCCUAGUGAGUGACGCCGACCACCUCUUCCAGCGGAUUCUGUGGCGUUUUGAUCCCCGCGAAGCAGUGCGAGAGUACGUCUUGUCAACGGUGGUCUAUGGACUAAGUUGUAGCCCAUACUUGGCUAUCCGCGUGUUGCGUCAGCUUGCUAGGUACGAAGGAGUGCGUUACCCGUUAGCAGCCCGUCUCCUAGAUUGCCAAACCUACAUCGACGACAUUAUCGGAGGAACAGACUCGUUGGAGGAAGCCCGUGAGUUGAGGGAUCAAUUAGUAUCGCUGCUAAAAUUGGGUGGUUUCGAGUUGCGCAAAUGGGCGAGCAACUCCCCCGAGUUAUUGAGUUCACUCCCCGCUUCACAUCAUCAACCCGUUUCCCUAUGCGGAGACAACAAUCCCAGUUUAAAGGUGUUGGGAUUGCAGUGGUGUCCCUUACGGGAUGUGUUCUCCUACCGCAUCCAAGUAGCGGAUAGGACGUGCACAAAAAGGAAUAUUUUGUCGCAAGUAGCCCAAAUAUACGAUCCCCUAGGUUUUUUAUCCCCGGUCGUGUUGACUGCCAAAAUUCUCCUACAGAGGCUUUGGUCCCAGGGCGUCGAUUGGGGUGCACCUCCCCCCCGCGACAUAUUCGAAGAUUGGAGUUCGUUUUCGUCUCAGCUGGACAGUCUUUCUGGGCUGACAAUCCCUCGUCGGGUACUGCCUAGCAAUGGCGUCCAGGUGGAGACGCACGGAUUUUGUGACGCUUCGGAGCGCGGAUACGGUGCAGCCGUGUAUCUGCGAAGCGUCAGAGAGGGCCAUAUCUCUGUCACCCUUCUGUGUGCAAAGAAUCGGGUAGCGCCUUUGAAGCGAGUGUCGAUCCCCCGUCUGGAGUUGUGCUCAGCGUUACUGCUCGCCCAACUCGUAGAUUUCGUCCGAUCCACUAUAGCCUCUGAGUUGACUAUCACGAGAGUAUUCGCCUGGAGUGACUCCAAAAUUGCGUUGUCUUGGAUAAAGUUCUCCCCCCACAGAUGGAAAACUUUUGUGGCCAAUCGCGUGUCCCUCAUUCAGGACAUCAUUUCCCCCAGUUCCUGGCAUCACGUCGCCGGUUCAUCCAACCCUGCUGACUGCGCAUCCCGAGGGCUUUUCCCCGAGCAAAUAUUAAUCCACCCCUCUUGGUUCUGUGGUCCCCCUUGUUUGCGUCUUCCGGUGGAAGAGUGGCCCACCUCCGACUUCACCCCCGGAGACGAUCUGGAACUGGAACGUAAACCAGUGUUGACUUGUGUGUCCACCAAUUUAGUUGACUCGCUCGGAGAACUGUUAACCCGUUUCUCGUCGUUACGAAAAAUUGAGAGGAUCCUGACUUAUUGUUGUAGGUUUCUAAAUAAUUGUCGUACCCCCGUUCAUAAGCGAGCGCUUGAUAAUUUGUCUUUUGCGGACACGUAUCACGCCCGCACCUUGCUGACAGGAUACGUCCAACGUGAGGUGUUCGCCGGUUUGCUGAAGUGUCUUCGAAACGGUAAACUGUGCCCCAAACCUUUACGCUCCCUAGCGCCCUUUAUCGACGAGCACGGUCUCAUUCGAGUCGGUGGCAGACUCCGAGGUUCUGCGUUGUCUUUCGACGUAAAACAUCCUCUUCUACUACCUCGAGACCAUCGCUUUACCGAACUCGUGAUCGAAAAGUUCCAUAAGAAAAAUUGCCACCCGGGCCCCCAAUCGUUGUUGUACCAGAUUUCACAACAAUUCUGGAUUUUGUCCGCCCGCAGAGCAAUUCGUCACACCCUAUCGCAGUGUUACCGAUGCUUCCGUGUCUAA